AGAGAGAGAGAGAGAGAGAGAGAGAGAGAGAGAGAGAGAGAGAGAGAGAGAGAUUGUUGUUAUUGCCUCUUUUGUUCUUUGUUUUUAUUCACUUUUAAGCCAAAGACAUACAUAUACAUCAGAAAAGAUAAACUUUAAAACCAAUGGGUACAAACGUCUUGUAUUAAAUAUAACAAACAGGUCGCUUAGUCGUGUUUGGUCCACACAAAUAAUUUCGACCUUCUAUCUAUGUUGUAUCUUGCUAUCCAUGCUUUAGAAUAGAGUCUUGAUGCUUUAUUGCAUUGAUAUUUGAUGAACUUGUAUUUCAUUUAGAAUGCAUUGGUUCAUGUUUACAAUUAUGCAAAGAAGACUUAGUGACUGCCUAAACGGUGCAGUGGCUUAGUCCAUAUCAUUUUUUAGCUGACAAGUCUACACUCUUUUCACCCUUUUCUCUCUUAUAGACGCGCUCACCAUGUCUCUUCAGCUAUCUUCCACUAGCAAGCAUGUACAGCUCACCAACAGUCUCCUUAGUCUUUACAUGACCAAUGACAACCUUAUUCAUCAAAACUUGUCUUUCAUUCUCGACACGAUUGUCAACCACCGUUUAUUUAACGUGACAGAAACCGAAGAAAUAGCUGCUGUCCAUCGAAAAUGGACUAUUCGACUCAAUGCACUUUUACAGUCUAAAAAUAUCCCUGCUCGCUGGUGUGGUAUUGUACUUGUGCGUGUGACUUGUGAAAACUCGCAUACGUUGCUUCUUGCGCAUGCUAAAUCAUGGUGUGCUCAACUCUUGGGCUUUGUAGGCAAACCAGAGCCUACCCUGAUCCAUCAAGAAUCCAUCCAGACAUUAUCGUCUUUAUUUUCUUAUACGGCCGAUAAACCUGAAUUACAAAGAGAGAUUGCCACACCUCAUCUUCAGCGUUACAAUCAACUGUUGCUUCAAUUAGGUCGUAAAGAUGAAUUGCUUCCUGUGGUGUUGAAUGCAUUGGUAGCCAAUGUGAAGUCAUUUCCUUCUACAGCUCGACAUAUUUCGGAACAAUGUCUUCAGAUCUGUCUUUCGUGUCUAGAUGGCUCAAAAGAGGUCAGUCCAGAGACCAUCAAGGCAGCCAAUCAGUGUCUUGUUUGUCUGUAUAUUGCUGGUGGUAAAGCACAGAUGGCAGAUCAAUGGAAAGAUAGUUUAUUACGUCUGAUUGGCUCUGUUCAUGAAUGUUUGAGUCGAUUGUUUGAUACAGUAGAUGAAGAAUCCCUUGAUUCAGAAUUACCAAAAUCAUAUCCAUUCCUUCCUGUUUCUUCAGAUUAUGUCGAUGCUUUUCCUGUCUUGCUUCGACGUAUUCAACUGAUCCAGGAUUGUAUCUCUACCUUUUUAACUACAUCUACUUCUAUUGCUGUAGGUGUUCCUGUGGUCCAUUUAGUUGAUUUGAUUUGUCGUGUCUAUAAUGUGUUUGAAGGAUCAUUGAUGCGUGAAUUUAAAGACAAGAGUGAAUUUCUGACAUUGAUGAUGUGUCUUCCUACUUUACAUUUAAGUACAGCCAAGAUGUUUACCAGUCUAUUGUAUUGUUCUGGUCAAGAAUUGACUCGAUACAACAAACUCUUUUCUCGUAUUCUGCUUCGUCUCUUAAACGAACACAAACACAAACGCACAUUGAAGACAUCUAUCUAUCAAUUGAUAUCCUUAUGCUUAGAGAAAUGUGGCUAUAGUUUUGCUGAACAUAUCUGUAAACCCUUGGUAUCGUCUAUCCUUCAAGACCUUCAUAUUGUUGAACACAAAAUAACGGCUGUUCAACAUCAGCACAAGAAAAGAAAGACAGAAGUCACGAAUUCAGAUGCACUGACAAAUAAACUCGUCUCCGUCUCAUCCACUGAUGUCCAAAUAGCAGCACUCCAAUCCCUCUGUACUCUAUUGGAAGUGUUUGGAUUUGCUAUGGAGAACAACACAAGGGCAUCUGUCGAUAGUUUGAUUCUCUCUCGACUAAUCCAAAUCAUGCCACCGAGUGAUAUGUCAAAUGAAGACGUGAUUCUUGUAAAAGCAGUGUUGUACACUUGCUUAAUUGCUUCUGUCACACAUCCUAUGGAGACACAGGCCAGUAUUCUUCCCCACGCUGCUCGGCUCUUCUCUGCAGGUAUCAAUGACCAGUCACAUCAGUUACAGUCUAUCUGUAGAAAGGGAGCCAGUGUAUGUGAUUUAAUUAUGCAUGCAAGAUUGCCUCCUGUUCAACGUGUCAUGCCAAAGACGGCACCUGUAGUGACAGUACAAGCAUCAGAACAAGCAUCAGAACAAGCAUCAGAACAAGAAUCAGAACAAGAAUUAGAACAAGAAGAAACAAUUCAAGAACAGCCAGUUGACAAACAAGAUAUCCGCAUGGUCACCGAGACUCUAGAACAAGUCAUUGAAAAGCCUUCUAUCACUUUGCCUUCUGUUCAAGAAUCUAUCUCUCUAGAGACAAGCAAUUCUAUUUCUUUAGAAAGAAAAGAAGAGACAAGCAAGUCUGUUAUUUUAGAAGAAGAAGAAGUAGUGUCUAUUUCCUUAGAAAAAGAAGAACAGUCAGAUAAGCCUGUCUCUUUAUUACAUGUUCAAGAUCAUAGUCCCUUGAUAGAUACGACACCUAUUAAGCCUAGUACAACUGCCACUGAAUUAGAAGCCAUUGACUUGAGCCUUGAUAUCGAUAUGGAUAUGCCCAUGAUUGACUUGACUGGACCUGACUCAGAAGAUGAAGAAUAAAAUAAGGUUUUCUCUUUUGUAAAUAAGCUUGAUUAUGUAACAUGAUUUAAAAUAAACAGUGGUUAAGUUUA